AUGUUGCAUGUGGUGGCGGGCGGCAGUUGCAAGUUGCAAGUUGCUGGUGGCUGGUGGCUGCCGUGGCUGCCGUGGCUGCAGCAUUGGUGGUCCGAUCUGGUCGCUUCUGGAACCGGCUACAGGAUCCUGGAACCGGCUGUAGGCUUCAGGUUUCAGGCUACGGGCUACAGGUUAGGGUCUACAGGCUACAGGUUAGUGUCUACAAGCUACAGGCUUCAGGUUCCAGGCUACGGACUACAGGCUUCUGGAACCGGCUACAGGAUCCUGGAACCGGCUGUAGGCUUCAGGUUUCAGGCUACGGGCUACAGGUUAGGGUCUACAGGCUACAGGAUCCUGGAACCGGCUGUAGGCUUCAGGUUUCAGGCUACGGGCUACAGGUUAGUGUCUACAAGCUACAGGCCUCAGGUUCCAGGCUACGGACUACAGGCUUCUGGAACCGGCUACAGGAUCCUGGAACCGGCUGUAGGCUUCAGGUUUCAGGCUACGGGCUACAGGUUAGGGUCUACAGGCUACAGGUUAGUGUCUACAAGCUACAGGCUUCAGGUUCCAGGCUACGGACUACAGGCUUCUGGAACCGGCUACAGGAUCCUGGAACCGGCUGUAGGCUUCAGGUUUCAGGCUACGGGCUACAGGUUAGGGUCUACAGGCUACAUGUUAGUGUCUACAAGCUACAGGCUUCAGGUUCCAGGCUACGGACUACAGGCUUCUGGAACCGGCUACAGGAUCCUGGAACCGGCUGUAGGCUUCAGGUUUCAGGCUACGGGCUACAGGUUAGGGUCUACAGGCUACAGGUUAGUGUCUACAAGCUACAGGCUUCAGGUUCCAGGCUACGGACUACAGGCUCCUGGCUACAGGAUCCUGGAACCGGCUGUAGGCUUCUGGUUUCAGGCUACGGGCUACAGGUUAGGGUCUACAGGCUACAGGUUAGUGUCUACAAGCUACAGGCUUCAGGUUCCAGGCUACGGACUACAGGUUAGGGUUUGCAGGCUCCUGUAA